AUGUUUGCUCUUCGCUUCAGUGUGUCUCACUGGGCUGUUCAGAAGCUUCGUUUCCGUGUUGCUUUUGACUCUACGGAAUUUAAUUGUCCCAGUUUGAGCUGUUUGAGGCACAUGGAGUUCGUCAUGUAUGCAGACAACAUAACGGACAUUGCAGAAAGAUCCCGUGUUCUGCCUCUCCGGGAUGGAGAAGACACGGAGUCAACUCCUGCGCCAUCCUUGCUGCCCCUGCCGCCACUCAAAUGUUCUCCUUGUAGUUUAGCUCCUCAAAUUCGUUACUUUGCUUUGCGUCACAAAGUAUGGAGAAUCAAUUGUCGUCGUACGACACUCUACAGUUUUCUUCUGAGCCGUCGUGAAUGA